AAAAUAUAUACAUACAGAUGUUAUAUGUAUUAUGUAUAUAGAGGAUUUUAUGCCCACACGAUGGAUGUCAACGAGGUUUCCAAGAACAAAUCAAAUGAUUUCCUGGGCUUUUUCUUGAAUUAAACCUUAUCAAAAUCUCGAUAACAAGAUUCCUGGGUUUGAAUUACAGUCUGAUUGAUAUCGUCUUCGUGAGUUCGUGUUUAUUUGUGUAUAUAAUUUGAUUAUAUCAAGAUCGUAGCAUAUAGGCUUGUAAUCCUUCAAUCGGAUCGCUGAUCAACCAAUCAUGAACAUCUUCAAGAAGAAACCCACUCCCAAGGAAGCGCUUCGAGAGAGUAAGCGAGAAAUGGCCAAUGCUACUAGGGGUAUAGAGAGGGAAAUCACGGCAUUGCAAUUAGAGGAAAAGAAGCUUGUUGCUGAGAUAAAGAGAACAGCUAAAACAGGAAAUGAGGCAGCAACCAAAAUUUUAGCACGCCAAUUGGUCAGGCUUAGACAACAAAUAGCCAAUCUACAAAGUAGUCGAGCUCAAAUGAGAGGCAUAGCAACCCAUACACAGGCAUUGGCUGCGCACUCUUCUGUGGCCGUUGGGAUGAAAGGUGCUACUAAGGCAAUGACAGCAAUGAAUAAGGAAAUGGCUCCUGCAAAGCAAAUGAAAGUGAUGCAAGAUUUCCAGAAACAAUCUGCACAAAUGGAUAUGACUACUGAGAUGAUGACAGAGGCCAUAGAUGAUGUUCUUGAUGAUGAUGAAGCUGAAGAUGAAACUGAUGAGCUAACAAACCAGGUGCUAGAUGAGAUUGGUGUCAAUGUGGCUUCACAGUUAUCAUCAGCUCCCAAAGGAAGAAUUGCUGGGAAAAAUACCGAGGAUGCUAGCAGUUCUGGAAUGGAUGAGCUAGAAAAGAGACUCGCAGCAUUAAGAGGCUAGAAAUCAUAUACAUGUAUACAUACAUACAUGUAUAUAUGUAUGUAUAUGGUCAGCUUCUCAUCAAUGAAGAAAGAGCUUCCUGCACUUUUGUACAUUUUCCAUCAUUUGAUGUUACCCACAAGUCCAUCAUUGUCAUCAUAACUUUCAGCUUUAGCUUAAUUGUUUCUUUUCUGCACAAAUUGUGUUGAAGAUAUGUUUUUUUUUUUCUAUGCAUGAGUUUAACCUUAUUC